CGUCUUGUUGCAUGCAAGAAAAUUACAGUCCUUGGCUGCCCACACCGGGUGCGAUUUAUUCGGCUACACUCUCUCCCGUCUAUUGUGCAACCCAAAGAUGAAAGACAGAAGGGGAGAAAGUUAAAGAAAUCGCCCACAUGCGCUGGAUCAGUCCACGGCUUUGGGAAAGGAAUAAAGAGAAGGUGGUAGAAGAGAGUUUGAAGUCUUUACAGGCGGGAAGAUGGCGGACUGGAGCUGAAAGUGUUGAUUGGGAAACUUGGGUGAUUCUUGUGUUUAUUUACAAUUAUCUUGACCCAGGCAGGACACAUGCAGGCCAAAAAACGCUAUUUCAUCCUGCUCUCAGCUGGUACUUGUCUCGUCCUUUUGUUUUAUUUUGGAGGCUUGCAGUUUAGGGCAUCCAGAAACCAAAGCAGGAGAGAGGAGCACGGUAGUAGGAAUGGCUUGCACCACACUAGUCCGGAUCAUUUUUGGCCCCAGUUCCCGGACGCUUUGCGCCCUUUCAUUCCUUGGGAUCAAUUGGAAAACGAAGAUGACAAUGUGCCCAUUUCCCCUAAGCAGAAGCGAGACGGUAAUUCCAGCAUCUACAAAGGCAAGAGGUGUCGCAUGGAGUCCUGCUUCGAUUUCACCCUUUGCAAGAAAAACGGCUUCAAAGUCUACGUCUACCCGCAGCAGAAAGGGGAGAAAAUCGCAGAAAGUUACCAAAAUAUUUUAGCAGCCAUCGAGGGCUCCAGGUUUUACACUUCUGAUCCCAGCCAGGCAUGCCUGUUUGUCCUGAGCCUGGAUACUUUAGACAGAGACCAAUUGUCACCUCAGUAUGUGCACAAUUUGAAAUCAAAAGUGCAGAGUCUCCACUUGUGGAACAAUGGUAGAAAUCAUUUAAUUUUUAAUUUAUAUUCUGGCACCUGGCCUGACUACACUGAAGAUGUGGGGUUUGACAUUGGCCAGGCCAUGCUGGCCAAAGCCAGCAUCAGUACUGAAAACUUCAGACCUAAUUUUGAUGUUUCUAUUCCCCUCUUUUCUAAGGAUCAUCCCAGGACAGGAGGGGAGAAGGGAUUUUUGAGGUUUAACACUAUCCCUCCUCUCAGGAAGUACAUGUUGGUAUUCAAGGGGAAGAGGUACCUGACAGGGAUUGGGUCAGACACCAGGAAUGCCUUAUAUCACGUCCAUAACGGGGAGGAUGUGGUCCUCUUAACCACCUGCAAGCAUGGCAAAGACUGGCAAAAGCACAAGGACUCUCGUUGUGACAAAGACAACACAGAAUACGAAAAGUAUGAUUAUCGAGAAAUGCUGCACAAUGCCACUUUCUGUCUGGUUCCCCGUGGCCGCAGGCUUGGCUCCUUUAGAUUUCUGGAAGCACUGCAGGCUGCUUGCGUCCCAGUGAUGCUGAGCAAUGGAUGGGAGUUACCAUUCUCCGAAGUGAUUGAUUGGAACCAAGCCGCCAUCAUCGGGGAUGAGAGAUUGUUAUUACAGAUUCCUUCUACAAUCAGGUCUAUCCAUCAGGAUAAAAUUCUAGCACUUAGACAACAGACACAGUUCUUGUGGGAGGCUUAUUUUUCUUCGGUUGAGAAGAUUGUAUUAACUACACUAGAGAUUAUUCAGGACAGAAUAUUCAAGCACAUAUCACGUAACAGCUUAAUAUGGAACAAACAUCCUGGAGGGCUGUUCGUACUGCCACAGUAUUCAUCAUAUCUGGGAGAUUUCCCUUACUACUAUGCUAAUCUAGGUUUAAAGCCCCCUUCCAAAUUUACUGCAGUCAUCCAUGCAGUGACCCCCUUGGUCUCUCAAUCUCAGCCAGUGUUGAAACUCCUAGUUGCUGCAGCCAAGUCUCAGUACUGUGCCCAGAUUAUAGUUCUUUGGAAUUGUGACAAACCCCUGCCAGCCAAACACCGCUGGCCUGCCACUCCCGUGCCUGUCAUUGUCAUCGAAGGAGAAAGCAAGGUCAUGAGCAGUCGUUUUCUGCCCUACGACAACAUUGUCACAGAUGCAGUCUUAAGUCUUGAUGAAGACACCGUGCUUUCAACUACUGAGGUGGAUUUUGCCUUUACAGUAUGGCAGAGUUUUCCAGAGAGGAUUGUAGGGUACCCAGCUCGCAGCCAUUUCUGGGAUAACACUAAAGAACGGUGGGGUUACACAUCUAAGUGGACUAAUGACUAUUCCAUGGUAUUGACAGGAGCUGCUAUUUACCACAAAUAUUAUCACUACCUGUACACUCAUUAUCUGCCAGCCAGCCUGAAGAAUAUGGUGGACCAGCUGGCCAACUGUGAGGACAUUCUGAUGAACUUCCUUGUGUCAGCUGUGACGAAACUGCCUCCAAUCAAAGUGACCCAGAAAAAACAGUAUAAAGAGACAAUGAUGGGGCAGACUUCUCGCGCUUCCCGUUGGGCUGAUCCGGACCACUUUGCCCAGAGACAGAGCUGCAUGAACACGUUUGCCAGCUGGUUUGGCUACAUGCCGCUGAGCCAUUCUCAGAUGAGGCUCGAUCCCGUUCUCUUUAAAGACCAGGUCUCCAUCUUGAGGAAGAAAUACCGAGACAUUGAGCGACUCUGAGAAGGAAGUCCGGCCAAGUGGGGGAAGGGGAAGGGAGAAGGACUGGGGUCAAGCUGCUCUCUCUUCCCAGUGCAGAUCCGCUGGCAUGCGGAGCUAGACUGUGCCAAGUAACAGAACACACACACACACACACACACACACACACACGCCCCAAAACAAAAACAAACAAAAAACCUUAGACGAACAGAACUAAAUGGCCAAGGGGAAAUUGACUCCCUGCUCCUGGGAUUGAUUGCACUGGACUGCAAACUCACCUCACAGGCUUCUGUGUCCCAAGACUAGGUUGUGUACAGUUUAAUUAUGGAACAUUAAAUAAUUAUUUUUGAAAUGAUUGCUAUGCAGGUUUAAACUUUUUUAAUGAUCAAAACUAUUAAAAAUCAGAGUUCUUUCUUUAAUCAAAA